CACUUCCUGGUUGACCGAGUGCCCAGCAGCAGCGCAGCGGCUCCAUUCACAGGACACACCUGUGCCUAAAGCCCACAUACCCUUUUAGUUUUGUAAAUACACACCACGGAAAGCUCGUGUUUGCACAAUAUUAGCGCAUUAUAAGGUGCACCGCGGCCUGCUGAUCGACAUGGAGACGUAUGGCAACUCGCACAAAAAGCAGAAACUAAGCAACGUCGACAGUGAGUGGGGGACCCAAAGAGCAACAAACGUCACCUACCAAGCCCACCAUGUGAGCAGAAAUAAGCGUGGACAGGUAGUGGGCACUCGAGGGGGCUUCAGAGGAUGCACAGUGUGGCUCACAGGUCUGUCUGGAGCAGGGAAGACCACCGUCAGCAUGGCGCUAGAGGAGUACCUGGUGUGCCAUGGGAUUCCCUGCUACACUCUGGACGGGGACAACAUCCGUCAGGGCCUUAAUAAAAACCUCGGCUUCAGCCCAGAGGACCGUGAAGAGAACAUCAGACGCAUUGCUGAGGUGGCUCGUCUUUUUGCUGACGCGGGCCUGGUCUGCAUCACCAGUUUUAUCUCCCCGUACAGCAGGGAUCGUCUCAACGCUAGAAAGAUUCAUGAAGCUACAGGACUGCCAUUCUAUGAAGUGUUCAUAGAUGCUCCUUUAGAUGUGUGUGAACAGAGAGAUGUAAAAGGACUUUAUAAAAGAGCCAGAGCAGGGGAGAUAAGAGGCUUCACUGGAAUUGACUCUGAGUAUGAGAAGCCAGAGGCUCCUGAGCUGGUGCUAAAAACAGACUCGUGCAGCGUGAACGAGUGCAUUCAACAGCUGGUCGACCUGCUUCAGGAGAGGGACAUUGUGCCGAUUGACGCUUUCCAUGAAGUGAAGGAGUUGUAUGUGCAUGAGAACAAACUGGAUCUGGCUAAAGCAGAUGCAGAGACUCUCCCCGCGGUGCAGAUUGGAAAGGUCGACAUGCAGUGGGUCCAGGUCCUGGCUGAAGGCUGGGCCACUCCUCUCAAUGGGUUUAUGCGAGAAAGAGAAUACCUACAGUGUCUUCACUUCGACUGUCUGUUGGAUGGUGGGGUCAUAAACCUGUCUGUGCCUGUGGUGCUGCCAGUGUCCAGCGCAGAUAAGGAGCGACUGGAUGGAGUGACCGCCAUGGCGCUGGUUUACGAGGGCAGACGUGUGGCCAUCCUCCGCAACCCCGAGUUCUACGAGCACCGCAAAGAAGAGCGCUGCGCCCGCCAAUGGGGCACCACCUGCAAGGACCACCCCUACAUCAAGAUGGUGAUGGAGAGUGGAGACUGGCUGGUGGGCGGAGAUCUGCAGGUUCUGGACAGAAUCCGCUGGAAUGAUGGACUGGAUCAGUACAGACUGACACCCAACGAACUCAAACACAAGUUUAAAGAGAUGAACGCAGAUGCUGUAUUUGCCUUCCAGCUGCGUAACCCGGUCCACAACGGCCAUGCCCUCCUGAUGCAGGACACCCACAAGCGUCUGAUCGAGCGCGGUUACAGGCGACCGGUGCUGCUGCUCCACCCUCUGGGCGGCUGGACCAAAGACGACGAUGUGCCCCUGCCCUGGCGCAUGAAGCAGCAUGCGGCCGUGCUGGACGAGGGGGUGCUUAAUCCUGAGACCACGAUCGUCGCCAUCUUCCCCUCGCCCAUGAUGUACGCCGGACCAACUGAGGUUCAGUGGCAUUGCAGGUCUCGAAUGGUCGCUGGUGCCAACUUCUACAUCGUGGGCCGUGACCCUGCCGGUAUGCCCCACCCAGAGACCGGAAAAGACCUGUACGAGCCCAGCCACGGGGCCAAAGUGCUGACCAUGGCCCCGGGGCUCAUCACCCUCGAGAUCGUACCCUUCAAGGUCGCCGCCUACAACAAAGUCAAAAGAGCCAUGGACUUCUAUGAUCCAAAAAACCAUCAAGAUUAUGACUUCAUCUCUGGCACUCGAAUGCGUCGCAUGGCCCGGGCAGGGGAGAACCCACCAGACGGCUUCAUGGCACCGAAAGCCUGGGCCGUCCUCAAGGAGUACUACCAAUCUCUGGAGAAGAAAGCCUGAACCGAUCACGUGUGGAUUCUGCUCAAACCAUAAAUGUGGGACCAUCAACAUGUCACACUCAUUUAACUCUCCAGCCUCAAGUCUUUUCAUAGUUACACUGUCGGACUGUGCGAUAAAUUAUUUUCACUGUACAACACUUUAGGGCACCAGUAGGCUUCGUCACAAGUAGAUGUUCUUAUUUUCAGACUAACGUUACUGAUAUUAUGACGGCGUGCUUACUUAAAGUGCAUUGUGUAACUUUUCCGAUGGAGUCCGUCAAAUAUUUUUCUCCGUGGAGGUGUCACUGCUUUGUCUGGAAUCCAAGCCAGUCCACUUUAUUUAUAUAUAUAAUACAUUUCACAAACAAACAACAAAACAAAUGAUCAAAUAAAUGCUCAGAUUUAGUCUUAAAAUAAUAAAACUAGUAAAAUAAAAUCAUAAAUAAAAUAAGAGCAAAAUCAUAGAAUAGCAAUAAAUAAAUAAAGCCAUUAAAAAUACAUAAAAAAUAAAUACAUACAUUAAAAAUAAAUACGUACAAAAAUAAAUACAUUAAAAAUAAAUAAAAUAAAAAAACACAGUGGACCACACAACUCAAGCAGUGUUAAAAGCCAGAAAGUAAAAGUGGGUUUUAAGACGAGACUUAUAACGCUCCAGUUUGGGCUGUUCAGAUGUGGAGGAGCAGAGUGAGAAGGUCCUGUCCCUCCUGGUUUAAGUCUCGUCUUAGGCACCGUGAGCUGGAGCUGACCCUCGGACCUCAGAGCGUGUGCGGGGGUGUAAAUCUGGAUGAGGUCCGAGACGCAACGUGGGGCCAGUCCAUUCAAAGCUUUAAAAACAAACAAUAAAAUGGCAUUAAACCUUUCUGUCUUCACGUAGACCAAACUAGACCAAGUUAGAUCUGUGGGAAGAGUCAGAAUAUAUGUUUUUGUAGGUAUUUUUUGAGCAAUGACAUGCAACCGGGUGACGGAGCCCCAACCAGAAAGUUACACAGUGCACCUUCACACAUAAACUACUGAUUACUGUUACUGAUUUGUAUAAGAAGUACUGUUGAGCAGUACAAAACAGGAAAUGGAUAUUUGUAUUCGUGAUGUUACUAGUCAAAAGUUACUGCACCCAUUUGAGCCACUGAGUCCAGAAAGUUGCUUUAAAUUGUAGAUUUGCCGAUGUAUUUGAUGUAAAUGUUGAGUGCCUUGGUCCUGUGCACAAUGAAAUAUCUUGCUUAAAGGUGAACGACAUAACUUCAAAGGUGGAGGGUCCGCUACUUGUUUGUCUCCAUGGAGAUGUGAUUUUGUUUUUUUGUGCAUGGAGUGGUCCACAGUAGGGUAUUAAACACAUUUACUUUGCCCAAUUACGUUCAUUUGGUCCUCCGAUAAUUUAUCUUAUUAGGUUCUUUUUUUCAGACCAAGAAUUUGUUUUCAUACCUGACAGUUUCGUCUGCUCACUAGCGGUCUUCCUCAGAGUGGUCACGUCCGCUCAGCUGAUUUCUACAGGUUUUGGCGCUGUCUUCCCACCAGUGGAGCAGGACGACAGCGCCAUCUGCAGUCCGACUUCCUCAGGACAGUAUCCCAGGUGUGUGAGAGUAAAAAAGCCCCCUCGUCCCGGUUUAUCUUCGUAUGGGCAGGUUUCCGUAUUUCGAUUGCCUCUUUAAUCCAGCAACGAUGUUUGACUCUUGGUCUGGAAAAAGAACCUCAUAACACAUCUAUCUUGCAUUUAUUCAAUUAUGUUUAGGCAUUUAAUAGCUCAAAAAUACUUUAAAACACAUGAAUUCUUACUAUUUGGAGGCUUGCUUCUUCAUUAAUCUGACCAUAAACUUGCUUCCAUCGUGAUAACCAAGUUUAUUUCCAUACUGUGAAAUAAUCAACACCUCCGUGGAAACAAGCAGGCGGCGGACCCUCCUCCUGAAAAUUUACACCUUUAAAUUGGAACGAGCACAUGAUUCGGCGUCCUGUCACUCUGAACCACGAAGAAGCUGCCUACACGAGACGAGAACACCAAUGAAACUAAAGAAAGCUACUCAAAAUAUGAAGCUUUUAGUGUUGUGAUAUAUUUAUUCAGUCCUUUUUAACUGCCCUGUGCUUGUAGUUUUAGUGUGACCUCAUAUUUUGUUACGGUUCUGUUCUUUGCUGCAAAUGUUUUCCAUAUUGUAAUUAAUUUUUAAGACUUGGCCUGUCUAUUCAGAUGAUUAAAACAAGGGAUCAGAUUUAUAAUAUUACUUGUCCAAUAAACUGUUUUUAGCAAAA